UAGAGUGGUCAUUGUGUUAGUGGAUGAUGGGGAGGUGAAGCGGUGCGGUAGGGGUGGUGUGCGACGUACGGCCUGGUUUCCGGUCUGCCCCGCCGGCGCGGAGGAUCUGGGAUGGCCUCAUCGUGUUGACGGAGUGUAUUUGAUGGCCUUGCGGUGAGGUGAAACGGUCAAUGAGUGGUUGCAAUGCUUCUUCGUGCUGGACGGGAGCUGUGAAGUUGUGACGCUAGCGAGCGGCAUGUCGGCGGACGGAAGAUGCCGCGGAUGAAGCUCGCGCAUAGCGAAGACAUCGUCACUGCGUGUGGUCGCCAUCUCAGUAUUCCCGACAAGCAUAUCACGGCGACGACAUGGCGGCGAACGCGCUGACACAGCUCUAUCGUUGGGCCAUCCCUGGCGCCAUUGGACUCUCCCUUGCCAGCGCCUCACUGUACGAUGUGAAGGGUGGCCAGCGAGCAGUCAUCUUCGAUCGCGUACGAGGAGUCAACGACCAAGUCAUCAACGAAGGCACGCACUUCCUCAUUCCAUGGCUACAACGAGCGAUUAUGUACGAUGUCCGGACAAAGCCCCGCAGCAUCAGCACCACCACUGGCAGCAAGGAUUUGCAGAUGGUCAGCUUGACGCUUCGAGUACUGCAUCGACCAGAAGUGGGCAUGCUGCCCAAGAUCUAUCAAAAUCUCGGCCAAGACUACGACGAGCGUGUCCUGCCUUCCAUCGGCAACGAAGUCCUCAAAUCCGUCGUCGCCCAAUUCGACGCCGCCGAGCUCAUCACCCAGCGUGAAGCCGUCAGCAACCGCAUCCGUGCCGACCUUCUCAAGCGCGCCAACGACUUCAAUAUUGCCUUGGAAGAUGUCAGCAUCACUCACAUGACCUUCGGCCGCGAAUUCACGAAAGCCGUCGAGGACAAGCAAAUUGCGCAGCAAGAAGCGGAGCGGGCGAGAUUCGUAGUCGAGAAGGCGGAGCAGGAGAGGCAAGCAAACGUCAUCCGCGCGGAGGGAGAGAGCGAGGCCGCCGAGGUAAUUAGCAGAGCUGUGGAGAAGUCAUGGAGACGGCAAGAGCGGACAGGGUGGCAAUUUCCUGCUCGGUCUGAGAUCAUGAGUGAAAGCGGUCUGUACUGUACAAUCUACGCUUCAUCCCGACCGAGUCUGGACCGUAACACCCAUCGGUGAAUGCUGACUUGGAACCCAUAACGCUAUUGCGCUUUCUUUAUUCGCCCUUGAGAAUUGUCAACGGGGAACGUUCUUUGUUGACCACAAUUUGCUUAUAAUUUGCGAUGCGUCUCAGUCUCUACUCCUAUCAUCCAGAACUCAAUCAGAC